UUGAUUCGGCGUCGUUUUUGUUUCUGAUCACGCUUGCUUUUGGUUCUGUGUAUAAAUAGUUGAAAUUAAGGUACUAUAUAAUUGCUGUUACCAUGGAACAGGAACGCUUGACUCAACUUCCAAUGGCCAGAAUACGGACGGUGAUGAAGACAUCGCCGGACAUGGGAAUUAUCAACCAGGAGGCACUGUUCCUAAUGUGCCGUUCAGCGGAGAUGUUCAUCGAACACAUGGCCAAGGGAUCACACAAGGCUGGGAGCAAAUCACUAGAUUACAAAGAUUUAGCAGAGUACGUGCAAAAGAACGAUAACCUUGAGUUCCUGCAACAGAUUCUUCCGGUAAAGAUCACCGUCAAACAGUACCGAGAGUUGAUGGCCAAGAAAAGGAAUCCGGAUAGUGACACGGAAAGUGAAGAAGAGGAAGAGGCUGGCGGCGACGAAGAGGCGGAGGUGGAGGAGGAGGAAGAGGUGAUAACAGUGGAAGAUGACGAUGAUAAAAAGAAGGAGGAUGCCGACAGUGAAGAUUCCGCAUCGUCCAGUGGUGAAAGCAAUAGUGUCAUAUCGAUUGAUUCUAGCUCGGACGAAAAGGAAAACUCCAAAAACGUCACUAACAAAAAGCUACAAAUGAAACACAAAACUGGAGAUUCGCCGUAAAGAAGCGGCAAACUCAUAUUCGGCCAUCGAUGUGGGUAACUCUAUCGAGUAGUGCUAGUAAGGAUACGUUAGCUAAUCAUUUUUGAAGUGUAAGCAGUGUAAUGCAGACCUUUUAUUAAGAGUGAAUAAUUCCACUUAGAUAGCAAACAUGAUAUACAUUUUUUAAAUUUUAAAUUAACAAGGGUUAGAAGAAGCCAACAGGGGUGUAAGGUCCCUUUAAGCUUUUGGUAACAACAUUUUGAAAAAACGAUUAGUAUGGUUCGUGUUACAUCCCCGAGAGGUGCAUGCAUCUCGAUCAACUGCUAUUUGUACUGAAUUCAGUGGAACCUGGUGGUAUAUUUAUUAUUAACCCCAUAAGAAACCGCAUGUUCUGAAACCCACAAAUCUCUAACGACAUUGACCACAAAACAUCCUGCCUCCAAUCAAACGAUUAAAAAAUAAAGUGAAUCAUUUUAAAU